AUGGCUUCAGUAACCCACACAGACCCGCUGGUCACUGAGGCCUAUCAGUUAGCCCGAGACUAUAUGGCUUAUGUAACGGGCCGAACCACAGGGCCUGCACCCUCAGCGGCCACCCGCACCCUACGCCAGGCCGGGGACGAGCUCCUAGAAAGGUUCCCCAUCUUCUUCAAACGUUGGCCCAGAGUAUUCCAAGGGCUGACAGAGGACAAGGCCUGCGACUUCCUCAUGGAGACCAUAGAUGAGAACAUUAAGGAAUAUUGGGAUCGACAGAAGAAACACCCGGGAUACCCCAUCGACAUUCCCUGGAGCACAAUACUGUCUAUAUAUGUCCUGUCCGGGCAGAUGGCCAUAUACUGCCAAGAACAUGGCAUGGAAAACGUGACCGACCAGCUGGCCGAGAGAGUGGGCGCCUAUGUGGAGAAACAAAUCUGCCCCCUGCUUAGAAAACAAGAUGGAUGGGUUGGUUUUGUUGAAUAUUUUGGGAAAAAAGAAGACCUAGAGAGGAAGACGUUCCGUAUCUGCUGCAUCGCCCUCGCCGUCUGCUCGGCUUUAAUACUUAUUUGCUUCUUAUGGAGGAAGAAACUCUCGUCUCCUUCUCUAUAAACCAUCAACAGAAAGUGACAGGUCUGAAAUGAUGCAGCCUGAGCCAAGAUAAGCAGCAUUCACACUGAUAAUAACAACAGGAAGUGACACAUGAUGAGUGGGUGCUGGGGGGCGACACCC